GUCGGCCACGCUCCACACAUACCUAGUGCACGUCUCCAAGAGAUAUACUGUAUAUGCAUUACGUAUUACUGCUCAUAGUAGCCUUGUGAAUGUCAGCGGGCCAAGCAUCACGUGGGACUGUUGUCAACACUUGUAUCUCUCGUGCUAGCGUUCUGUUGCUAUUAGAACAUGGUGUAAACGAUUUAAUACUUGUGUACAUUGCGAACAAAUCAACGUAAUCCGCUUAGGGAGACAUAUAUUACAAAGGAUACCCCAGAAGCACCACCUGUAGCCUACCUCUCCCCGCCCAACAGAAGCAUAAUCAAGAAGAAUUGGGACUAUUGGUGUUGGUCAGGUCUACUCACAGCCUGCUAGACACCCCUCACCUGCGGAUCUCUUACUCCAUAACUAUAAGCAGACAUGUGGACGAAGAUGAUGAUGGUGGCGACGUGGGGAGUGUGGGUGGUGCAUGCAGAGGGACGAGGACUGACGUGGGCAGAGGUGAUGGGUGCUACGCCUAACAAGAUUUCACAACAUGCAUCCUCAUUUCCCCCCAACUCGGUCAAUAAUAUUGCUCGUGAUAAUGAUUACGAUAGUUUUUUUACUAACUCUGACUAUGAGUAUGUAGACACAGAUGACGCCAACUACAUGCCACCAGAACCACAACAAACAGAAAAGACCUCUCAGGCAGCCGAGCGCCGCACUCUUGACUUACUGUUCCACACUUUUAUGGAGAGCAACAAGCCACGCCAUGGAAGUGAUGGGCGGCCAGCCCGUGGUGCCACCCCCCGCCGGCCUACACUUAUUGAAGCCGUUUUCAAAACUAUUGACGAUCACAUCCUGGAGGACCUGCAGGAAUGGUCGAAAUACAUGAACCAGCCUGAUCCAAAAGCGACCACCACACAACAACCAGCAAGUGUUGCUCAGUCAGCCAUACAACAGGCCUCACCAAUUAAUGAUGAACUGCUUCUAGUAACGGAUGAACAUGGACAGCAGCGUAUUGUUACUAUUAAUGAUAUUGUCACCUCCCUUGGCCAUCUGGACGAGAAAACUCUCACCGACCUCCUCCUGCCUCCUGAGCAAGCUAUUGCCGCCGCUUCAACUAACCGUCGGAUUCUGUCUCCCUUGCCACCCUCCGUACUGCCACGGACAGACCCUGUUCUUCCUCAGGCACAACCCAACUUAUCAAGCACUGCACCAAGUAACAGUCAGGGUGUUCAACGACCAGUGAGGCAAACAAGCUCUGUGGCAACCACCACUGACAGUGAAGAGGAAGUGUAUAUGGUGCAGGAUGAACAUGGAAUAGUCCACACUGUCACUUUCAACGACAUCUUAGCUUCUCUGGCACAGCUCAGCAGUGACAGUGUGAAUGAUCUUCUUUUCGGGCAAGCAGUUGGGGCACCAAGUCCCACGUCUUCAACUCCAAUUUUGGCUACAAAUCCUGUUCCAUCCCCACCACCAGAUGUGACUUCCACACCUGCUAAGAAUCAUGCAUCCAAAGCAAAUUCAAAACCAAGUGCACCUACUGAGCAUUCAGCGUCACAGCAAACUGAUGGACCAUUAGUUCACACUGACGAAAAAGGUAACAUUCACAUUACUCCAAAACCAGGCCAGCCACUAAAUAUCCAAAACAUUAUAUCAUUAGCAGAGCAGGGAGCACAGCCACUUGCUGCUGAUGUGUUACCGAGAAGAAAUACUAAUUCCUUAAUCCAAGUAAAUGAGAAGAAACAGCAAAAUUCACACAGGGGUCAAGAAGUCUUAUCUUUUCUGGCAGGUUCAGGUGAUGCCAGACUACCUACCACAGUCCAGCAUGUUGUACCACCAACUACAGCUUCCAACUUCCGGCAGUCUCUGAUGCAAGCCCUCCAGAAGCGAUCUCCAGCAAACCAUGGAGUACAACCAAUUGCACAAUACCUUACUUCUAAAUCUGUUGCCCAGCCUAUUUUCCAGUCUUUAGUGCAGCCCACAGUGCAGCCUGUAACAGAAGCUCCUUCUGGUGGACUUGGUGCCACCUUAUCUGGUCUAUUUUCACGGUUAAUAGGUUAUCCGGAAGCACAGCAGGUGACUCAACCACCACCACAGCCUGCACCCAUCGAAACUGACCCUCAAUUCAUUAAUUUGGUGGUGCAGCAACAGAGGCGUAACAUUAACAAUGAUGUAUUUGGGGCUGUCACCAUACCACUCCCAAAGCCUAUUCAUUACCAGCAACAAAAACAUGAACAGCUACCAAGUAGCUUCCAAAAUCAUGCAAAGGCUGCAGCUAGAGAAAAUAGUGAGUCUCUCCCAUCUAUUUUACAUAACCUUUCUCCGACAGUAAAGGAGACACUGAGAAGGCAACUAAACAACGAACCUAAGUUCAUACCACCAACAUCCCAGCAGCAGGAACUUCCUGUCGCCGCAGCCAGAAUGGACACAGGCCCUGUGAACACAUUUGACACUCGCCCCAGGAAUAAAUUUGCUGUUGAAGAGAAAGAGUUGCGUUCUACUGCUGCAGUACCAAAUAUUCCUCCUUCCCUUUUGACCAACUUGCCUACACCAAUGCUACAAAGGCUUAGGAAACAGCUGCUCGAAGAAAGAUUGAAAACUAUUCAAAAUAACCACAAGUCAACUCCUCUUGAAACACCCAACCCCCCUGUGGACCACACACGCCCACUGGAGCGUAGUUCCUAUGGUGAAACACCUCAUGAGAGCUAUGUUGAUACUCACAAACAUGGUGGGUAUGACCACUACAGUUAUGAAUAUGUUACUGAAAAGAAGCCACUCCUUGAUAUCUUCUUAUUAGCAGACAUGACCAAGGUUCACAAAGUUGGUAAAAAUAACCUAUCCAUCAAGAUACCAACAAUUGGAGAUUCAAGCAAAUUCGUGGACACACACUCCCACUAUGGCUACCACCAUUAGCCUAACAUCUUUAAUAUCAGCUAUCUAGCAGCUCAUUUUUGUGUAGAGAACAAAGUGCAGAGCAAGAACCUCAAUUUAUAAAUAAUUCUCCAUGGCAGCUCCUUCAGGAAUAACGGUGUGAAUAAACAUUGGGUCUUAUAUAAUAUCCAGUCACAUGCCAGUGGGACAGCAACAUGUCGACUGAACAACAAUUAUCAGUUAACAGGCUUGUUGCCAGUCAAUGACAAUAUACAUUCACUUUACAUCAGAAAUGGGAAAUGAUGAUAAUCUGCCUUACAUAGACAAGCUUUAAGAAAUGUCUACUGUUUGAAGAUUAAGAUGAUGAAAACACUUACUAAUAAGGAUUAAUUUAAACUUGGUACUUGACCCAAGAACAGAGCAAGGUACUCAUUGAUUUUUUUUUCACAGGUGGGUUCAGGAACAGAUGACUUCCGACGCCUGUUAGCAGGCCGAGAGCUUUUCCUUCCCAAAGCUCAUUGCAAGCCUUAGUCACUAGUUUUCCCUGAAAUAUAAACUGCCAAUCAAUGACAGAUACCCUAUUUCUGUUAGGGGGAACAUGGGUGAAUAGUUAUGGAUUGGCAUUGACUGGAUUGGCAUCCAGUCAAUCCUCCUUGGCCAGGACUUGAACCCAGACAAAAAUCACUUACACACCAUGGGGAGCGAGUGUGUUACCACUAUGCCACCAUGGACUGCUUUUUAUCAUGUGAAUAUUUGGAAGAGUUUGGGUAAAAGUCAGAGCUAUUCCUGAAUACAAAGAUGCUCCAUAUUUCACUCUACACGCUAAGAAGUACAUGUUAUCCAUAAUCAGAUAAUUAUGUCAAUGAAUACGAUAAUUAAUAAUAGAUUAAACAGAGAGGACGUGUGUGUAACAAAUGAAGCAUGCUACCAAGUGGCUCGAUAGCCGACAAUAUUACAUGCACGUUAAUAGCUGCCAGCCUGAACACCAUUCAAAUUUGUUCACCCAUAAUCAGUAAUUUAGUAAAGAAGACUGAAUGAAGACAAAGGUGUAUAAUUUAUCUUAUGUAGUGUCAUUGAUAAAAUGCACACUGGCCUUAAAACACUUAACCUGAACUAAAACACUUGUCUAGCACAGACCUGAAACUGUGCCGGACCUUGGGACAAGUGCAUUAGCCCCCCUCCCCCGUCACCCCUAUAUUUCCUCUCUAAUUGUUCAACUUUUUUAUACAAUAUUAUUCAUUGCACUAUGGCCCAUUUACUUGCAUGAUUUGCAUUAAUAAUGCAAAUGGUUAUUAUAUAAGAUUAUCAUAUAUUAUUAUCCUACAUGACAAUCAUGUACAAUGAUACCUUUGCAUGCUAGAAUCUAUUUAUUCAUGUCAUGUAUAAGACCCAUAAAAAAAAUAAUUUAAAUUUUAGGAGUAACUAGAAUGUGCUAACAUCAAUAAAUUUAAUUGUGCACAAAUAUUGGAUGGACCGGUAUUAAAUAGUGUUUCAGUAGAAUGUUAACUCGAAUCCCUUACUUUGAACUGUCUCUACCUUUGAGAAGUGAAGCAAAAACAUCAGAUGCCCAAACAUUUUCAAUAGCAUUUUAAAUCGAUAAAUAGGAAGUGGUGUCAGUCUCUCCUCCACCAUUAUCAAUCAAAAGUAUGUUCUGAUGAGCCUCAGCUUUGAAAAACUUGGUACCAGUAAUGGCUGUGAUUGCCAGCCUGAGCAGGAACCUUAAUGGUAUCCCCACAUUACAAAAAUUAUUAUACAACUCUGUAUCAUGAAUAAAUUGGAGAACUUGGAGUCAAGUUACAAAAAUAUAAUGGAUGUCAUCCAAUUCAUUCGAGUUUUUCAUCGCUGACAUCAAGCAUUCCGUAUGUCAUCAUCUGUGGAAGGUUUGUGCACUUAUUAAUGUUUAAGAGUGUUUUUGUAUCCACUGAAAGCUUAUUAAGGUUAAAACAUGGUAAUUGUGGUGACCAUUUGUCCAAACGUUCUUUGAUGGACACUCAAGCUUUGUUAACAGUAUGCCACAAUAACUUGAUCUUGAAUUUUUCUUCCGAGUCUGUUCUCAUUACCAAACUGUCUCUUCUUUCACUUAAUCAGUUUUCUUGAAAACAGGCUCACUUUCUAAAUUUUAUGCAAAUUUUUUGGCUGAAGUGUGUGAUUUAACAUUUAAAUUUGUAGUCUCUAUAGGCUACAGUGCAAUCAAGAAACCUUCUCAUCAAAUAAUGAUGGAACAGCAGUCAUAAUGUCUAUCAAAUAAAUUUGCAAUAACUUACAGAAUUAACUUGCAACAGAAUAUCAUGCCAAACUACAACUGAGAUUUUUAACCAUGUUACGGUUUGCCAGGCUUUGUGCCUCGGGUUGAAUUCUGGCCUUGGCUUCAUUUCACUGUGCCAGUUUCACUGUGCAUCAUAAACCGCGAUCACUUGGUAUCUAUUUGUACUUUUGUGCACUCGAUGCGACUCUCCUAGGAAGUGUUACCCGUAUUGUAUAGAAACAUCAACAUUGUGUUUCUCUUCAUUGUUGACAACAUUUUCAACCACGUAUCACUUAGUGUCUCAUGUGCUUUAUGAGAUCAUACAAGCUGUAUGAAAUCAAUAAGGCACACAAAAUAUAUGCUUUAUUAGUCACUAGUGUGUUAAUACAGUACUCACUAACUUGUCAUAGCCAAGCAGGUCAAUGUUUGGCUACAACAGUUUGGUUUGCUUGGCUACAGCAGGUAACAGGUACAGGUAAAGAGGAAAUGUUUGUACAGUACUACUGUAUUUGUUUCAGCUACGGAGUGGACAGUUGCAUAAAUACCCCUGAGACAGGUGCACCCAAAGCCCUAUGCCCCAAAAACCUGGUGCUCAAGGUGGUGACCAGCAACAAAGUCCAUGCCAAUACAUACUUGUCAUUGCAUCAACUUAAAUCAAGCAAAAUUAUUUUAGUGUGAAUAUUGUUAUAAUUAGGUAAAUAUGCAAACACCAAUUGUUGUUUGUAAAAAUGUAAAUUAGAGUUAAGGAUUUUUUAUUAUAGAAACCACUUCCUCACUUGUUGAGUGAUGACAAGUAUAUUUAGCAACUAAUGUCCAUCUGAUGCCUUGUUCUGUCCCACCGGCACAGCUGGUUGGCAUUAAGCCAGACCCACUGUAUGUACAGUAUAACCAAUUCCUGUUAUUGCUGAACACUACACAAUAUAAAAAUGAACAAAUUAAGGUCCCUGGCUCAACAACUGGUGUUUUCCUCACAGUCUACCGACAGUCCACUCUGUGCCUUGAGUUUAUAACAUUGUUGUGUAACAGUGACAAGAUAAACUGGAAACCUUAUCCUGUAGUGUAGAUACUAUUUUAAAUUUACCCGAGCUUACCCGAGACCAACCUCUCUCUCUAGUGGCCUCAACAAGGACAGGAAACUGGUUGGUUGUCAAAGGUCCCCAAUUUUCCUGAUUUUUAUCCAGCUGGAUUUUGAACUGCAGCAAUGUUUUAGCACUUACAGCUUUGGCAGACAGGCGGUCCCAUAGGUUUGUGUAACUUCUUUCUCAAACUUCUACUUGUGAUUCUUCUUUGCCAUUGCAUAGGGUUUUGUUAUUGCUAAUGAUGGACCUCUGUAUCUUAAAAAAUGAACUUCAGUCAAUGAACUGUGAAUAUCUUGCCAGAUAUUAGUACUGUACUGUAUACUGUAAUCUGUAUUUAUUUGUAGGUUUAGACCUACCAAGGCAUUUUUUAAUGCAAUGUGAUUUUUUUAUAAUAAAAUAUAUGAAUU